UCCCCAAAAUAGUGACAGAAAUUCAGUUCAUUGCUUCAAAUCAGUGAGAUCUUAUCUCCUGUAUGUAGGUGGUUUCUAUAUUUGGAAAUGGUUUUGCGCGACAGAUUAGGCUAUGUGUAGGAAAUUCAACUCAUUUGACCCAGUGUACAGUCCCUCAUAAGCAAACGCGCCGACGAUUGAAUUGCGCGCAGGGCGCAAUGAGGGCGCUGAAGAACAGUCUCUCUGUCCAGCGAACAGCUCGCGUCAAGGGUUCUGACGUCACGCCCUUUUAGCACGUGGGUUGUGGCAUUCAGAGUUCCCAUAAACAAAGGCACAUUGCACUCGGGCUCCAGUCUUCCCGUGCAGCCGAAGGAGUAAGGUGCGCAAAGACAUUGGCUCUACAUGCAGACGGAAUUUCUAUCAACAGGAACAGCUACAUGGAUACAUAAUUUGAAACUCUUUUAUAAGCGAUUUGAGAAAAUCAAACGAACGGAGAGACACGCUCUGACAUCUGCCCCUGUUACUGACUUCAGAGAUUGUUCCACGAGAGAUAAAAGUAGCAGGUGUGCGGAGCCAUGCCCUGCGUCCAGGCUCAGUAUGGGACAUCACCUCCAGGAGCCAGCCCUGCAUCUCAGAGUUACAGCUACAGCACCACUGGAGAGUACAACUGCGACUUCCUAACACCGGAGUUUGUCAAGUUUAGCAUGGACCUGACUAAUGCAGAAAUAGCUGUCACUUCCUCGCUCCCCAGUUUCAGCACCUUUGUGGACACUUACAGUUCCAGCUACGACGUAAAGCCCCCCUGUCUGUACCAAAUGUCCCACUCUGGGGAUCAGCUGUCCAUCAAGGUGGAGGAGAUACCCGCACACAGCUACCAUCAGCAGCAGCAUCAUCAUCAGCCCCACCAGGCUGAGGAGAGCCAACCCCAUACUGGACCCAUAUACUAUAAACCAUCCUCCCCAAACAUCUCCCAAUCACCCAAUUUCCCGGCGCCUCCACACCACACGUGGGAAGACAGCGGACCCCUUCACAGUUUUCAUCAGAACUACCUGGCUACUUCACACAUGAUAGACCAGCAGCGUAAAAACGCAAUGUCUAGGUUGCUCUCGUUCAAGCAGUCUCCCGUGGACACGCCGAUGUCAAGCUGUCAGAUGCGCUUUGAUGGAUCUCUGCACGUGUCCAUGGGCCCGGACACCCCGGGUGCGCAUCGUGCGCUGGACAAUUUUGCUUUACCGGGACCCCCAAGGAGACAGCACGCUGUGGGUUUAUCCCAUUCGCUUAACAUCGGACACCCUUUACUGGAAAGCCCGGUGUGCUCACCCCCGGCUAGAGGAUCUCCAUCCAGUGAGGGUUUGUGUGCUGUGUGCGGGGACAACGCAGCUUGCCAGCACUAUGGGGUGCGCACUUGCGAGGGGUGCAAAGGAUUCUUCAAGCGCACGGUGCAGAAAAACGCCAAAUAUGUUUGCCUGGCAAACAAAAACUGUCCCGUGGAUAAAAGACGGCGAAAUCGAUGCCAGUAUUGCCGAUUUCAAAAGUGCCUGGUCGUAGGGAUGGUAAAGGAAGUUGUGAGAACAGCCAGUUUAAAAGGACGAAGAGGUCGCCUCCCCUCCAAACCUAAAAGCCCUCAGGACAUUCCAGUCUCUAUGACACACGUCAGCCUCCUGAACGCCCUGGUGAGAGCGCACAUAGACUCCAACCCUUCUAUGGCCAGACUGGACUACUCUAAAUUUCAGGCGAGUCCAGAGUAUCAUCGUGGAGGAGACGAAUCUCUGCACAUUCAGCAGUUCUACGAUCUUCUCACUGCUUCAAUGAGCAUCAUUCGCGGAUGGGCCGAAAAAAUCCCCGGAUUUACUGACCUGCCCAAAUGCGACCAAGAACUGCUUUUCGAGUCAGCCUUCCUUGAACUUUUUGUGCUGCGUCUGGCUUACAGAUCUAACGUGACAGAGGACAAACUUAUUUUUUGCAAUGGAGUGGUUUUACACAAACUGCAGUGCGUGCGAGGCUUUGGGGAGUGGAUCGACUCUAUCGUCGAGUUUUCUUCCAACCUUCAGAACAUGAGUUUAGACGUCUCUGCCUUCUCCUGCAUAGCUGCUCUCACCAUAGUUACAGAGAGACACGGACUAAGAGAGCUCAAGAAAACAGAGGACCUUCAAAACAAGCUCAUAAACUGUCUGAAGGAUCAGGUGUCCUGCAGUGGAGAGUUGUCUAAACUGUUGGAGAAGCUGCCGGAGGUGCGCGCGCUGUGCACGCAGGGACUGCAGCGCAUCUUUUACUUGAAGCUGGAGGAUUUGGUUCCCACGCCUGCGAUCAUUGACAAACUCUUUCACGAUAGCUUACCGUUCUGAAAACAACCGAGCAGACUCUUACAACCGUCACGAUUUCUUCAUGUGGCGGACUUGAACUGAUAUUGCCGGAUGAUAUUUUUAUUUUAUUUUUUAAGCUUGAAGCA